AUGGCUUUUGAGAACUUAGCGGAUAGCGAGACAACGCCGGAUGCGAUUGCUCUCUACCUAUUCCAUCACAUUUUCCUUCCAUCUCGUCUUCCUCAGCAGAGCGACUUCUCUCCUCACAACGAGCUUGCUCUGCUCACGCUCGUAUGCCAGUCUCUGUCUGAGUUCAAACGCCAUCUUGGACCUGAGAUUGCGCGUUCUGUCGAGAUAGCCAGUGUCGCCAUGCAGCACAUGCUUCAGGUUCACACGCCGCUCCACGACGCCAUAGCUAUUGAUGAGCAAUCCCUUCUCAAAAUUCUCUCCACUCUAUCAGAGCAAGAGUCGAUUGCCCUGUACGUCAAGCAGCAGAAUGCCGGCAUGCUCAUUACCCGUGCGAGAGAUGCGUUGCAGUUUGAGACUUUCGAACUUUCCCCUACUAAUAUUGCUGUAACCGGGACAAUCGGGAGACUUCGAAGAAGCUUUCCAGGACGAGGCGUUACGGUUGGCGUAGCUAGAGCCCUCGAGCCCGGCUUUCUCGAGACUCUUGUUGCUACCUUGGCAAAAAUGAGCACCCAGGCUGCACCAGGCACUCUACCUCAGGUCAGGAAGGCUGGUCAGCUACAUGAUGAGACUCGAGACACAGCGCAUCCGAAGAUGGUUACAGAAUUAUUACACAGUUUCCUAUUGGUUCCCGGAGAAUCUCUCCAAGAAGACAGAAUUUGGAAGAACACGAGGGAUGAGGUGUUAUGGAAAGAUUGCCUUCAUCCAUGGCGUCGAUCUCCCAUGUGGCUUCUAAUUCGCGUUGUUCUACAGCUCAUCUUCCACCGAGGCUCCAGGGAGGGCGCCCAUACAGACUUCGACCUGUACAAAGUUUUCAUGGCUUUUUUCAUGGCCGAGCUUCUUCAUAAGUCUACAAAAACGGGCCUUCACUCUGAUGUACUGUAUCAGAUGACGGCGAAACUUGCCAGACGACUGAAGAAAAUGGGCUCGACGGUCAAUACCAAUUCGUUGGAUGUGGUUCGUCGGCGUAUGUGCACGACCAAUGAACUUCUCAUGCAGAGGUGGUCAGCGACACAAAAGAGCAGCUCCCGAGAUCUCACUCACGACCUGUCGCAGCUAGACACUUUCGACGUCGCCAAUGACACAAUGCUAAGCCUUCCACGGCUUGAUGCAUUCCUUGACUCAGUCAAGAACCGGACCAAAUCGUCUUCUGGACGCGAGUUCUCUCCAACAUGGACCUUGAACUACUACGCACCGGAUAUGUUGCCUCCUUUGGGUGGCCUGCAAUUUCAAUUGAUUGAUAAAGAGUAUCGAUUUGUCAAUCUCAUGGUUUUCGAGUCCUGGAUUGCGGUAAAUCUUGACGACUGGCUGCAGAACCAACUUGAUCAGGACGCCUUAAUGAUUUGUUCACAAUUGCGGAAUGUCAUGGAAAUCUACCACAGCGCGGCCAGCAGCUUGUACCAAGGAAAUCCGGAACUGACAUCGACUAUGAUACUUACGAAUCUCGAGAUUUGGAUCGCCUGCGACAAGGCAGCCACGAAGGCCCAUCCUAUGCUAUUGGACUACGACCCCAACAUCCCAAUUGGGAUGUUUCAGAAUCUGCUUCUGCCCUCCAGGAAAGACAUGCAAAGGCUAUUCGAGGCAGAGAACUAUCUCGACAGUCGGCUGCGGGGUUGCAAGCCUCAGUUCUCCCAGUCACAUAUCUACGCGGCCUUCGGGGAGGGCACAUGCUUCGGGGCUCGGACAUUCGAUCAGUCAGAGACUCAUCGAGUGCUGUGCCGGAAGAUUGAGGCGCACGCAACGAAAGAGAGAGAACAGAAGCGCCGAGAAUUUGCAAACAAGAAGAAACAGUACGACAACCUCAUGCAACGGUACCGGGUCAAUUCCUGCAAUGACACCCAAUGUUUCGACAAUCGCUCAAAACGGCACUACUACGCACACGUCGCUAAUCAAUGCAAGAGGUGUUUAUACAAAACCCAAGCUGAAAGCAUAACAAUUGCUAUCCACGAGUGGCCACUGCCAUCAGAUGCAUUGGCCAAGAAGUCAACGGUUUUUGAACUCGCCCUACCCCAGUCUUUUGGACACUGGAGAGAGGCUAGUAUGUUCUUUCUCUUCGACGUACUCGAAACCAAGUAUUCCCAUCAACGAAAGUCUAAUUCUGGCUACUCCCUUGACCUCCAAAGUUACGAUGGGCUCAGGCAAUUCUUUCGUAGCGAGGCUAGGCCCCAAAGACUCCGCCUGAUUUCUAACACCAAACCCAACGCCGUGACACACCGCAAGGAAAAGGCAGUGGGCGUAAUCGCCGAAUCCGAUAUUCUUCUCAGGAACGGAUUGCAUUAUGCGUACUCCGAUCACAAAGCGUCUUCCUACGCGGGCUCAAUGGAGCUUCCCGACAUCACAAGACAUAAGUGCACGUACAAGCUUUCUAAAACUGCUUCGCCCUUGCAAGACUUUCUUUUUCGACCCGAUCGGGACCCGAACGGUCCCUCUCCAAACACCGUCAUUUCCUCACAGAGCCAGUGCCCAGACGACAUGUCGCUGGACGAAUACAAGGCGCUCGCUUCGAUACCGCUGGGAUUUAGGAUCGCUUGGCAGAAUAUUCUACUUCAACUUUUCGCACCAACCGUUGACUUCAAAAAAUGGGACGUUGGCUUGAUCGUUUGUCAAUGCAUUUAUCAAGCGGGACCGCGUGGAACUACUGAUCUGAGAGAAGCGCAUAUCAUUGUUGAAGAAGAUGACUUCUCAAGCAAGAUGUUGCAAGGCCUCACAGAGUCCACAAACCGUUGCGAGAAGAACUGGCAAUGCUCAGCAGCUUUGGCUACAUUCACAGCUCUGGCACGUCGCUUGCUUACUGUCACCAAGUCAGUAGACGUUCAAAACCAAUGCCUUGUCUAUUUGUACACGGCGAGAAAGGUAGCCUUCACGUGGGCGAACUUUUUACGGGAGAAGGCACGGAACAUACAUGACGAUAAGAACAAGAUCAGAUUUCAGCAAAGGGCAAUGGAGUCGUUCUUGAUAUGUUCGGACACUUUCGCGGUCGAUGAAGCAUUCCAGCGCACCAUGCUAGCAACUGACGAAAAUGCAUCGAUCUUUCUGCAAUGCUCCAUCGGCAUUCAGGAGUUCUCCGACUCUCUCCUGUACUCCCUUCAGACGCCAGUCCAGUACCUCUACCGCCGGUGGCAGAAAGCAUGCUACAGUUGUCAUCGCUACUUGUCUCAGAGAUUCACCGGUCAGAGUAGCAUUGCAAUUGAUCACGCCGUCAAGGAGUCCUGGGCUGCCUACCAACCUAUCAGCAGCUGGAAAGCCGUCUCAAACAAUCUGAGUUACUGGCUCCUUACUUCCACGGCACUAGGUCAGGUUGUGCACUUUUGCCUUCUGACUGGCGAGCUUCUUGUCGACGGUGUUCCCCUAGAUCAUUUGCCCAAACAAUACUUGAGCCAUUUAACAUACAAACGGCUUUUUGGACGGCUAUCUCUCGAAAUUGUGCCUACUGCUGUCCCAGGCAUGGAGUUUUCAUCGAAGGCUGUGUUUCGCGACCACAAUGUUCACUUACAUCUUGAUCGCACAGCUGAACCUCCUGAGGCCGAUCUUCUUGUUCAUGCUAUCAAAGGCGACGAGCAUUUUGAUCUGGUUCCUUCACGUCAUUUGCGUGGAAGUUUUCCAAUAUCUUUUGUCGAUGACUAUUCUCAAUGGUACAACCACGAGGAUCAUUCCAUUGAGUUUUGUCAUAGGGACAAUCCUUGGCAUCGAUCGCAGUCGAAUUGGCGAUUGAGACGACAUCAACUUGGUGAAAAUACCUUCUGGAAACUUUCCAACGAAGACAGUUCACUGAUUGACGUCAAUGGAAAAUUUUCAAGACUCAUUUCGAGGGUCCUAGAGCCACUUGACGACCGAUUUUGGAUUCAUUCGACUCUUAAUCAUCUCAACGCUUCGAUUCUGAUUCAGCUUCCAUGUUUGGGACUUGACUUCAGCCUACAGCCAGGAUCCACGACCAUUAUGUCAAAGCAGUAUCGAGGCAUGUGCAUCGACCCGUGUCAGUCAAUUGGUACUUUGGUAGGACUGAAAAGUCAACUGGUCUUGAAAGAACAUCGUCAACGAGGUUCUUCACUGUCUCCUUCGCGUAAGGUGCUGAUCCUUGAAGGCGAGGCAUCGCACCGCGCAACGGAAGAUCAUCUGGAGGUUGACAUCAAAAAGUUGACUUGGCAAAGGGUUCAAACAUACGAUGUCGAUGAUCGACUGGGCAGGCUCAUCGGCAAUGAGAGUUGCCAGAGCAAGCUAUUUUUGUGUUACCUCCAUGCACUUACUUCCUUCUGCAUUCCAGACCCGCUGACGAAGCGGACUGGUACUGAAGUGGCGUUGGCAAUUCUGAGCUCCGCAUCUGUCAAGUCUUUUGACAUAUUGACGCAGGAGAACAGUGAUAUGCUGUGCAUCAUUGCACGCCUGACUCCUGGACGGACGUACUAUCCUUCCAAUGAGCGGGUCAUGCAGGCAGUGGAUUGGCAGCCGGGGCUUAGUUCACUAUCACAGCAUGGAUUCUUUCUCGAGUGCGUCCGAGAAAUACUCAACAUUGCAGAAAGGGCCAAGUUCUUCCAUCCACGUUCUUACAUCGAGCCUCCGACGGCGAGCUAUAUCAGACAAGUGUCGCCCGAAUUACUUAGUCGCGACAAUGCUCGGUCAGCAACGUUUCGCUUGUCGGGAUUCGGUGCGGAAAGACACACUCCCGAGACGGACGUUGUGUAUGAGGCUCGAGACCGAACCACGACAAACAAGUUCUCGAAGUCUUUCUCAGUCGCUCAAGCUGUGUUUUUCGGUAAAUCAGUGCUGGUUGAGCCGCUUCACUCGUCGAUGGGAGAGCGUCUUUGGCAUUACCUAGCCAAAGGGCCAUCGGUUGAUGCUCGUACAACAAAGUCUUCGUUAGUGACGACUGGUAUUAACUACGAUGCCGGCACUCUCAAGAAGUCUUCUGAUUUUAUCACCGAGCACUGGCUUGCUUUGCAUAAAACCGUACUACCUACUAUAUGCAAAUUCAAGCUAAUGAUAUGGCUGGCGACUUUGGCCUACUCCGGCAACGCGGAUAUGGAUGUAAUUCAAACUUUGGCAUCAUUUCAGACCACAUCAGAGGUUUCUCAAGUGGUGGUCCCAAAGAUUGAGUGUCCGAAAUUUGUACUGUCAGCUGGCGCCUCCUUCGACACUGAUGAGGUGGAGAUUUGCAUAGGAGCAGAGUUCGUGCCCUUCGAACAAUGUCCGGAGGCCCACUGGAGUCAGGAAAGAUACGAGUCUUACACAGAUUUUGACGCUCGAAGGACGACCAGCGUGGCAAGCAAUCGAAUUGCAGCUGUCAGGAGUCUUCGGGCGUGCGUUGAACGUCAGUGGCCAUGCAAAUCACCCAAAUUGCCCCUCAACGGCGAACAUCGCUCUACGUGGAAGACAUACAUCCAACUCGAAAAUCUUACCUUGAAGCUUGACAGCCUUUUCGAAAGGUGGUACGACAAUUUGCAGUUCCGAAAGUAUCUCGAUAGGAUCGCGUCAAGAUUGCCAUCUGUCAUAGUUCCACCUGAACUUCCAAACCCACUUUUGGCAACACCAACAUGGAACCUGUGCAGAGAGCAGGGGUUCGUGGCCGCCAGUGACAUCUUUCGGAACGCACAACCUCCAUCACCCGUCAAAGAGCAUCCCCAAUUCAAGUGGGGUAGUUGCAGCAGACCGUUGAAGCGGCAGUAUCGGCUGUCGAAGCUGAUUCAGCGCUUGAAAGACAAAGCUCAGGGGUCGUACGAGCAACAGUAUGUGAAAGAUCUUCAUUCAAGCUUGCAGGCUAUGCAGCGGGGAGACCAGAAGACCGGCCAGAUCGCUAUCCAUGGAACGCCGAGGAAGGAGGACUUCGUUGAGUAUCUCCAAGCGUGCCGGGAAGAUGUGCAUCGCCGUCACUGCAGAAUUCUCGAAGCUGUUUUCAGCCUCGGUGCUGGUCAGGAGGGCUUCCCCUCCCAACAGCAUAACUUCUUCCAAAUGCCGCGAAUCAACCCUGUCUUCAUCCUUCAAAGGCUGAACAAGGAUAACUUGGGAAGCAGUCUGAAAGCAUGGGAGGAAUUCAUUGCUGACUACGGCGUUUCUAUCACACACCUACAGCGGGCGGAGCGGAUGCUUAACAGCUGGGGCGAUGUCGCCGCCUUGACAAAUGAAUUGCGAAACUUAGGCCACACCAACUGGGAUCCUCUGGUCUAUCCUGACACUCUUCUUUUAGAGAUUGACAGCGGUAUAAUGGUUCGCGAAGUUCAACAAGACAUUGCGGACAAGAUGAGGCAUCCUCCUACAGGCAGGAACGCCGUUCUGCAGCUCAACAUGGGCGAAGGAAAAUCAUCCGUUAUUUUACCAAUGGUUGCAUCUUCCGAAGCAGACGGCUCCCGGAUCGUUUGCGCCACUGUAGCAAAGCCGCAGUCCAAGCAGAUGCAGCAGAUGCUGAUCUCUAAGCUUGGUGGCUUGUGUAAUCGCCGCAUUUUCUACAUGCCUUUUUCCCGAGAUGUUCGAGUCGGUACGGCCGAAGCAAACACUAUCAAUUCCAUUCUUCGGGAAUGCAUGGCGUCUGGUGAUGUGCUGUUACUCCAGCCUCCGCACAUUUUAUCCCCGCAGCUAAUGUGCGUCGAAUCCGCAAUCGCGGAAAAGAAGGAUAUCAGCCGCCUGCUGCUCCAAACCAAAGACCUUUUGGAUAAGCAUUCUCGGAUCAUUGUCGAUGAAAGUGACGAAAACUUCAGUGUCAAAUUUGAAUUGGUCUACACCAUGGGUAUCCAGCAGUCAAUCGAGCACAGCCCAGAUCGCUGGGUCUGUGUCCACCAUGUUCUGGAUGUCAUAAGGAAGCUGCUUCCAGAAUCGCGAGAGGAUGACUUCACCCCCAUAGAAAUCAACUCUUGGCCACAAGGUGGUUUCCCUAGAUUGCGUAUUCUGAACGAAGACGCACGAAAUCGACUAUUCCAUGGCGUCGCAUGGCGACUGAGCAGAGAUGGCUCAACAGGUCUGCCCAUGACGAAACAGCCAGCCGGCGUUCGCGAAGCUGUGUUCUGUUACAUCACAAAGCUCAAGCUCACUGAAUCAGAAGUGGAUUCCAUUGAACAAUCCGGACUGUGGGACUCACCUACGAAGGAAACGCUUCUCCUUCUGAGGGGGCUAUUUGCUCAGGGAGUCCUCAACUUUGUGUUUUCUCAGAAAAGAUGGCGAGUCGACUAUGGUCCAGAUGAGACAAGGAAUCCCGAAACGCGGCUGGCAGUACCCUACCGGGCCAUGGACAGCCCGGCCGCUCGAUCGGAGUUCAGUCACCCCGAGGUCAUCAUAACUCUGACGUCUUUGAGUUAUUACUACGAGGGCUUGAAGGAUGACGAUAUUUUUCUCAGCUUUCAUCAUCUGGUGCGCUCUGACCAGUCUGACAUGGAGUACGACGUAUGGGUUGCUGAUAGCAACGGAUUGCCGCUGGCCUUUCAUCAACUCUCAGGUGUCAACUUGGACGACUAUCAGCUGUGCACCGAAAUUCUCUUUCCAUGUUUGCGAUACGCCAAGAGCGUCAUAGACUACUUCCUCGCACAUAUUGUGUUCCCCAAAGAGCUGAAAGAGUUUCCGCACAAACUAUCGGCCUCAGGUUGGGACAUCGGAGAAGUGAAGCCGCAUCCUACCACUGGAUUCAGUGGCACCAACGACUUCCGAGCAUUUCUACCGCUUACGGUAUCUCAGCUUGAUGAUACCACACAGCAGCACACCAAUGCUUUGGUUUUGGAGUAUCUCCUUCAAGACGAGAAUUCUGUGUCGUUGAUGCCAACUCGGCAAGAUGUGACGCAGUCCGACGCUGAGGCACUGUUAGGGAUGGUUACCAAGUUAGACCCUCAAGUUCGCGUCAUUCUCGACGUUGGCGCGCAGGUGUUGGAACUUGACAACAUUGGCGUUGCCAAGCGUUGGCUUGAGAUGACAAAGGACGACGGGCACACGCAAGCUGUUGUUUUCUGCGACGAGCAUGACAAUAUUUGCGUCAUAGAUCGACGUCACCAAGUGCAGAUAUUCCAUACGUCGGCUUUUGCAAGUCAGCCUGAUGUCUGUCUCGUAUUUCUAGAUGAAGCGCACACCAGAGGUACCGACCUCAAGCUACCAGAGAACUAUCGAGCGGCAGUCACUCUCGGUGCGAACCUGACGAAAGACAGGUUGGUUCAAGCCUGCAUGCGAAUGCGAAAACUGGGAAAGGGCCAGUCUGUAGUCUUCUGUGUCCCCAAUGAAAUACAGCAGAAAAUCGCAGCACAAUCUCAUACUCGAGAGACCACGAACAUUGAUGUUUGCGACAUACUUGAGUGGGCCAUUUCCGAGACUUUCGUAGAUCUCAGUCGUGGCAUUUGGCUGUGGGCAAACCAGGGCAGACGUCAUCAACGCCAUAAACGAUUAUGGGAGGAGGCAUCUGUCGACGGCGCGACCAGCUUGGAUGCAGCUCACGCCGAGAAAUUUCUGGAGGAAGAGGCGCAAAGUUUGGAGUCGCGAUAUCGACCCGCCCAGAACAACAGCGAAGAGCUCGUCCACCUAUCAGAUCACACGGAAGGCGAUCUCAUCACCGAGCGGGUUCUCAGUUUUGGAGGACGCAAUUCCAACUCGUCCACCUUUCGGGAGGAACAGGAGCGUGAGCUUUCCCCCGAAGUCGAGCAAGAGCGGGAGAUCCAAAGGCCGCCCCCCGUGCAACCACAGCAACACUCUAUCCACCCAGACGUCAGAGCUCUCAUUUCUGAUGGUACCUUUACAUCUGAUUCAAAGGCCUGGGUUCCAGCUUUCAUGUCUCUGGGCAAUACGAGUGCAUCGGCUCACUUCGCCGUUGGAAAUUUCCCUCGGAGGAUAAUGGUCACAAAUGACUUUGUGAAGACGAUCAUCCCCAAAUUGCCCUCCUGUCAGCGCUAUGUAUCUGAUCUAUUUCAAAGAUCCGUGCAGUGGAUUCUUACAACAAUUCCCAGAGAAAAGUCUACGAAGGGUGGGAUUGAUGUUGUUAUCAUCGUCAGCCCCUACGAAGCGCAAGAGCUUCUCCCCGAAAUCAAACGGUCAUGGUUCGUGCGGCUGCAUCUUUAUGCUCCGCGUCCAAACAUGAGCUUUAGUCCGCUUGACAAGCUAGAUCUUUACACUGUCCCUCGGCGAAAGUGGACCGGGUAUCUCCCCCAACCGAGCACGACAGAGUUGAAUCUUUUCUCUGGCCAGUUAUACUUUAAGUCUUGCGAAGAGUAUGCCAGUGCUUGCGAAUUUCUUGGACUCACGCCUGGCUCUGCAGACGAUGAUGCAGCGGACGCAAAUAUGUGCGACACUGGUCUCAUUCAAUUCAUACGGAUUCUGAUGAUGAAGAUCAGGCGCAAUUGCGAGUCUAUUGACAAAACACACGUGGGGCGGGUCCUAGAUUAUAGGUCUCUUGGUCCUGAAGACUUUGAGAAGUUAUCUUGA